UUCCUUGAAUGAGUGAGUAAUAUUGAAGAGAAUGCUGUUCUGGAGGAUCCAGGGGAAGAGUUCUCAGACUUGUAUGAUCACCUUAGUUUACCAGUUAGCCUGUAUUGUAUUGUUGACAACAUAUGGAUUGCACAUGCUCUACACCUCACAGUACUUAUCAAUCUUUUCCUUUUUAGCUCCACAUCCACUUUGCUGAGAUGGAUGGCACACCAGGCCUUAACCUAACCAAGUUUCUCACAUUUACAUACCCAUCUGAAGUGGAUCACAUGACUGAGACAUUUCUACACAGAACAAGCUUUACGUUUACGUGUGUAUUUAGAUGAGCAAGGAUGCAGAAUUUUAUGUUUGGUGCGGUUAAUAUUUUGCUGUUCACUUUUUCUUUUAUUUAUUUAUUUUGGACUUCACAUAGUACACAAUCAUUUCUGAAAAUGACUUUCUUUGGACCUUUAUAUUAAAACAUAUUUGUUUAUUUGAGGUUGCUAAGAUAAUGGUAGACUAGCAAGGAUGCAGAAUGAAACGUUUGAUGCGGUUAAUAUUUUGCUGUUCAUUUUUCUUUUAGGUUUUUGCCCAUGAAAAUGUGUUGAGUGAAUAUGACACAGCUAAAGAUGAGCUCAUCAGUCUAAGUGAAUUUAUUGGAGAUGUUCGAACUAAUGGUAAGCACAGAGGAAUGCUGUUUGUUUUUCUCAACGUACUAUGAUAGACAGAAUGGUUUGUAAAUUCUGAGUUCGCUUUCCUGCUUUAUAAUGUCUGUUUAUGUACUUUAGAGCAGGAUGGGUUGCUGGAAUGAUCAUAUAGAAAACAUUUAGAAAGAUGUCCAAAAGCAUGUACUUACAGUAUCUACCAAAUAACAACCAACUUAAAUGUUACCUUAGAUGCAGGCUGUAUGUGGUAGCUGACACCACACCAAAACACUUCCUCAUUUGAGUCAAACUAGUGAACCAAGCCCUGUGUUCCAGCUGGGGGUUUCCUGUAGUACAUCUGCACUGGCUUUGACAACCAUCAGUGCUUUCUUUACUGAAUCCACUCGCAGAGUAUAUUAUAUUUGGUCUAUUGCUGAGAUGACUUUACAAUUCAAAGAUGUAUUUUGGGGAGUGGAUUUCAUCAGUAAUGUGGGAUAUGAGGCUCUCAUCCAGAGACUCUGUGAGGGUCGACGGAUGUGCAAAGAUAUGGAGGAGCUCUUGAAGAUGAGGGCAUCUGCUGAAGAGAGAUAUGGCAAAGAGUUGGUGAUGAUUGCACGCAAGGCAGGGGGACUCUGUGAGAUCAACACUUUGAAAGCAUCCCUUGACCAACUCAAAGUCCAAAUUGAGAACAUUGGGAACCUACACAUACAACUGUCUGGGGUGUUAAAGGAAGAGGUCAAGAGGAUGGAACAGUUCAGGGAGCGACAGAAAGAGCAGAGAAAAAAGUUUGAAGGCAUCAUGGACAAGGUUCAGAAGAUAAAGGUGUCUUUACACAAGAAAACAAUGGAGUCUAAGAGAACUUAUGACCAGAGGUGCAGAGAGGCGGAUGAGGCCGAGCAUGUUGCUGAGAGGAUGAUCAGUGUAGCUACCACCACACCCAAGCAGGCUGAGAGGGUGCACAACAAAUCUAAGCAGUGCAGGGAGGCAGCAGCAGAGGCAGAAAAACAAUACAUGUCAAAUAUUGAUCAGCUAGACAAGAUUCGUCAAGAAUGGGAAACUACACACGAGAGUACUUGUGAGGUCUUUCAGCAGCAGGAGGGAGAUCGUAUCAAUAUCCUGAGGAAUGCCAUCUGGGUCCAUUGUAACCAAUUCUCAAUGCAAUGUGUCAAAGAUGAUGAGUGUUAUGAAGAAGUGAGGAAAACUCUAGAACUGUGUGACAUCACGGCAGACAAUGACUGCUUUGUUGAGAUGAAAAGCACUGGCUCAAGUCCACCAGCUCCCAUUGUGUUUGAGAACUAUUAUGAGAGAGAGCCCUCGACAGACAGCAAUGGCAGUGCCUGCUUUGUAGGAGGAGUUAUGAAGAGGUUUUCAAACCUUCUGCAAGGGAACUCAUCGGCUGGCUCUAAAACAAACGUCAAUGACAGUUCACAGCCACUAGCACCACCUACUGCCAACACAUCAGAUGGAGUGUACGCCUCCAUUCCUGGAUUUCAGCAAGUGCAGCCAACCAUCUCAGAAAGCAGAGAGGAGUACCAGGCUCUGUAUGACUAUGCUGCUCAGGGUGAGGACGAGCUGUCCAUGUUUGCAGGGGAGACGGUUGUGGUCAUUGAACAAGAUAUGGAUGGCUGGUGGACUGUGGAGAGAAACGGCAUUUCAGGACUGGUCCCUGGGUCCUAUCUGGCCAAAGAAUGAACUAUCCUUGGCACAAGUAAGGACCUGAGCCCUAGGACCAUGCCUCAGGACUACCUGGCCUGAUGACUCCUUGCUGUCCCCAGUCUACCCUGUCAUGCUGGUGCUCCAGUUUCAACUGUUCUGCCUUCCGGCUAUGGAUCCCAGACCUGUUCACUGCUCGGGCUACCUUGUCCCGGACCUGCUGUUUUGGACUUUCUCUCUACUGCACCUGCUGUCUCUAACUCUGAAUGAUCGGCUAUGAAAAGCCAACUGACAUUUACUCCUGAGGUGCUGACCUGUUGCACUCUCGACAACCACUGUGAUUAUUAUUAUCUGACUCUGCUGGUCAUCUAUGAACAUCUUGGCCAUGUUCUGUUAUCAUCUCCACCUGGCACAGCCAGAAGAGGACUGGCCACCCCUCAGAGCCUGGUUCCUCUCUAGGUUUCUUCCUAGGUUCUGGCCUUUCUAGGGAGUUUUUUACUAGCCAUCGUGCUUCUACAUCUACAUUGCUUGCUGUUUGGGGUUUUAGGCUGGGUUUCUGUACAGCACUUUGUGACAUUGGCUGAUGUAAAAAGGGCUUUCUAAAUACAUUUGAUUGAUUGAAUGUUCUUACAACAUUCCCAUGAAGCAUGUCUAGAACAUAUCUUAAAUUCUGAGAACAUGGUAACCACAAUCUGGGUAAGUUCACAUACGGGAACAUUCCUAUGAAAACAUUAGUUAAUGGUCUGCUGAGACUCUUAAGGGAAUGUUCUCCAAAGUUGUGGGAAUGUUUUUUGUUAGCUGGGCUGUUACAUUAAAUGAAGUGCCCCUCUGCGGUGAGGUCGCCAAUGUGAUAAGGGAGUAUAAGCCAAUUUGGUUUCAACAGUGUGUUGUUAUUCUCUUUGAGAUUUUGUCUUUUAAAUUUGUAUUAAGAAUAAUGGUAGUAGUAAUAAUUUGUCAUACAGUAAAUAGUUUGUCCUCUCUCGGGGUUAUGGCGAAUGUGACCAUAGAUGGUUUCUAGAUGCAUGGAAGGGUUAAUUAGACCGAGAACAGUGUGAGCCUCACCCCCUCUAACCUGCUGAAUUAAUGGCGACAAUGGCAUUAACUAUGGCCCUGUCCUUCACCACUUCUACCUGAGUCCGAGCCAGCAACCUGUACACAGCAUCUAGUCGAAGCUAUCAACUGCCUUUUCUCUCAGGAGGGCAGCAUGAGUCCACGUGGAGUGUGUAUGGAGAGAUCCCGUCCAAACUUCUCUCCUGCUGCUGGUGUACUAGUUGGAAAAUGGACAAGACUUAAUGCACCGUAAAGGAUGGUGGUGGCGGCUAAAGGUGAGAGAUUUGUCUGCUUGGGAAAAAUCUGAUUAUUCCCAGAUAUUGGAAUCGGGACAUUAUCAAGGGCCAUCCACUUUGAACAUGUGCCAUUGAGAAGACAAACUGAAACACUAUUUGAAGGAGAAAAUGAAGAAACACCAGAAGAAUGAGUGCCGGGAAGGAUGGGGGUGGUCAAGUGUGCCUGUAAUUGAUUUAUGCUUGUCCAAAAAGUUUUAUUUGGGGUAUCAGGUUGAUUCUGGAGGUCUGCACACUGCAAAAUGUAUAGUAAUUUAUACAAAAAAUGCAUUGAGAUACUGACUUGUCAUUAACACAGGGACAAAUGGGGGCCGUGGUGAGAAAAUGUAAUGCUAGAAAUAUAAGAUUAAUAUAAUGUAUGUCAAUGUUAGUAGUACAUGCUGUAUAUUUAUUUCCCUGUCUGUAAAUGUACAUUCUGCCAGUGUGUACUAAGUUCAGGGUCUUCAAUUCAAGUGAUAGACUCAACGCGACGCAGUAGGGACUGUUAUUUUAAAUUUGGUUUGGAUAAUUUAUCAAUAGUUCUAGUCACUCUCUUAGGAACAUGAAGGAAGAAGACAAAGUCAAAAAUCCAGAAUCCAUAAAUUAAAUUGUGUAAUCAAGCAUAUGUGUAACUGUAUGAAAUGAAGGUCUUAAGUUAAAACAUUAUACUGCAAUGGUUUUACAAGUAAGGGGUAUGGAAUAAGGAUCAGUUACUAGUUGUAGUGUACAACCCAGAAUGAAGGGUUUGAAAGUGUCUGUGGUUUUUAUGCGUUAAUUUUGUUUACUUAUAAUGAUGUAUUUUGAUAGCAAUAACCAAAUGAAUAAAAUGUAAUAAUAAUUAUCACAGAGUGAUAAGAGGAGGGAGUAUACAGAAUGUUGUUUUGUCUGAAGCGAUAGCCUUUAAUUGUACAUCUUGUCUCAUACAAUCAUUGGUUCCUAUAGGUGCUGGUUAGAGAUAUGAGGGGGAGAUGUUCCCUCUCUUUAGACUUUUUGUCAGAACGCCCAGAAUAAGUUCUAUAAAUGUAGGUAGCAGACGGUGCCAGUCACAUGCAGGAACCAACCCUAUGAACCAUGCCUAUGUAGGUUUUUUUGUAUAGCCAUAUAUAAGAGAACUAAUGGGACUGCCCCGGCAGAGCUCCUGACAGAUGUGUACUAUGGUGCAUAAAGUUUGUUGGAACCUCUCCAACUUGCUGAUAAUAAAGAAUGAUUCAUUUGAGUUUGA